UAUAAGUUAUUAAAAACAUGGUACGAAAAGCAGCAGGAUUUGUUGUUUUCCGACGACUAUCUGACACAAUUCAAUAUCUACUACUACAAGCUUCUUACGCAAAUUUUCAUUGGAGUCCACCAAAAGGCCAUUUAAAACGCAACGAAAAUGAAUUUGAUGCGGCACUUCGAGAAACAUUAGAGGAAACAGGUCUUUGCAAAAGCGAUAUUAAAAUAUUUAAAGAUUGUACCAAAAUUGUAUCAUAUGAAGCCAACGGUAAACCAAAGAUUGUUGUUUAUUGGCUAGCAGAAAUGAUUGCAAAGGACAAGGGUAUAAUAUUAUCUGAAGAACAUCAAGCAUAUAAGUGGUUGGAACUGCAAGAUGCUCUUGCAUUAGCUGAGUACCAAAGCACGAAGGAGUUACUUGAAUAUUGUGAUAAUUUUAUUCAUAAAGAAAUCCUUAAUAAUUAAGAAUACAAAUGAUUAUGUAUUAUCACAUGUGAAAAAUGAAUAUAUAACAUAAUGUAUUAAAUGCC